AAAGAUCAUUUUCGUCGCGACACGAAUCGUGUGCUAAAUCCUUUAUGCAAAUAUCAUGUUUUGUUCCUUUUGCAUGCUUCCCCAUAUUUGCGUUCCAUUAAAAAUGUCAUUAUAAAUGUUUAUACGAUAGUACUGGAUUAAUAAAAAGCCAUAUGUGCUUUUGAAGAACAAUAAUUUUUUAUCUGGUUUUGUUAAUUGUUCCUGCGAUAUUAGUUGUUUAUGUUCACGUUAAAAUGAGAUUAUUCGUGCACGCAUCGAUGAAAUUAACGUUAAUAAAUUAGCGCUUAGUAAUUGUUUCGUGUAAUCACAGCAUAUCGUAUCUAUAAUCGACGGAAAUAUCGAAAACUGAAAACCAAAAACAACUACCUAGAUGGCGUGGAAGAGACGAAGCAAAUAAGAGGCGCAGGUGUGGAUUGAAAAUUGGCAAUACUAUGAAUCAGUGUGCGGACACAUAUACACAGGUGGGAGUCAUAUGCGUCAGCAACAGGUGGUUAAAGUCGCGAGAAUACGUUCUCGCUUUUUUUUUGUUUUCAAUGUAAGUUAAGUCUACAGAAAUACUUAAAAGUUAUGCAAGCACGCAAAUUGAUCUGUUCAACAUUCAAGAUAGGCACGUUAGGUCGUAUUUAGGUCGACGAGUCGAUGAUCUAGCCGAUGAUGGGUGCGAUUCGAAGGCAUGCAUCGAAUACGUUACUUCUCGGAAGUAGCAGACAACCUCGAAAUAUUGUUCGCGCGUAAACUCGCCUACUCUUAGAGAAAGAGGCCUCACCACAAAUUUAAAUAUUGAAAAGCUACCUCUUUUUAUGCGUACUAUUUUCAAGAUUUGUGCAACAUCAACCAUCAUCGAUACAGCGUUUAUUUUGGGAAUAAGAUGAUCAUGCGAGCAAUGGUACAACAUUCUUUAGUCAAGUCCAUUCAAGAACGUAUGUAUUUCAUUGACGAUUCUUUUAAACACUGUACAUGUUUCUUUUGUAUAUACGUAUUCGUGUCAAAACAAUGCAUCGCGAAGAGGUUAGGUGUUAAUAUUUCCUUUUCUUUUUAACCUUUGCGUAGAUUAAUUGAUUUUACGCGACCAUGAUUGAUAAAUACACGUGUCUGUAUUUAUUUUGCAUGGGAAAACGUACCUAUACAAAUUUCGUACAACUCGAGAGCUUGUACUUUUUGCUUAUUUUCAAAUGGUGCUAGUUUUUUCUAACUCGUUUAAACGCGUCAGUGAUACUUUGCCGAGUUGCUAGUAAUAUAUAAAUUCGAUUUACGUCCUAGUUUAAGAAACGAGCUUACCGAGAAAAUGAAUUUCAUCUAAAUAGAUCAUCAUAUUUUUUAGCGAGUUAACGUGGUGCUAUGUCACGCGUUCGUAUCGUUUCAUACAGAUACGAACGGGCAUCGAUUUUAAGCUUACAUUUUAUAGAAACAAGUGUAGAAACUACGUAUUAUUGAAGAAGUGUAGAAAAUUAAAAAAAUCAUGGAGAAAUCGCACACAACUAUAUACAUGGAAGGUGACAAUCACCUUUCCGAUUAUUGGCAAGAAUAUCAAAAAAUGAUGGAAGAAACUAAACUGUUGGACGAUUACCUCGAGGAAGAAUGUCCACGUAACUAUGAUGAAGGCGAAGAGGAAGCCGAAUGGUUGCGGACAGCAGGUUUGGGUCAAUUAACCGAAGCAUGGAAAGCGGGCAGAGAAGUACAACCAGAAGAAUUGGGUGCUGCGUUACGUCCUUUGUCUCGAGCACAGGCUGAAGCAGUAAAACGUCGCGUAAAAUCUCUUAAUCAUACGGUAAAACAACGUUUCAAUCAACGUCAACGAGUUCGUAAACCAGACAUCAGAGACGUGUUCAAGGAUGUUGAGGUAUCCAGUACCGGGACAAGAUCGCGUAGCGCUACACCCGAUUCGUUAGAUUCUGUACCAGGAGCGACACCCGAGAGCGCAUCGCCUCCGUCACCGCCAACGGUUGCUUCCAUCGACGAUCAUCAUACAGCUGCUACCGUUCCAAAUUUUGUGUCGGUGUUUCAACGAGUACCAAGCGAGGAGAAAGAAACCGUGCGCAGAACUCCGAGCGCACCGCCUAUACCGAUCGGUACAGUAGCACCGCCGUCAUCGACUUCGUUACCCGUUCAGGAAAUUUUUAGGCGCGCCGGCAAUUGGUUGCGAGGAGACGUUGCCAACGAUUCAGAAGGUAUUCAGCUAACGGGAUACCACAGAUUGGGGACUGUACACGUUUCAAAACCCAUCGUACAAAGACGAAGCGGUAGCGAUCCAAGCGAAGUGGCGAACAUUACGAGUUUAGGUAACGAAUCCGUUAAAAAAUUGAACGCUUCGAAGGAUUCGACAACGAGGAGAAACUCGGGCAGUCACGCAACGGUAACUCGAAGUCACAGCAGCCUGUACGGAUUGACGAGGCCCCAGGACGAAGGUUUGAUAACGCAUCCUUUGAAUCGAACCUCGUCCCACGGUCACUUGAGUUUCGAGGAAAUGUGUCGAGCGAACGAAGUAAAGCCGCAGGCGUGGAAAUCGGAAUCGCUCGCGUCGUCCGACGACGUACAGGACCGAUUAGGAAUAGAAGCGUUGACCCAACGAGAUUUUACCAGGUUACAGCCACUUUUGUGGCUCGAACUCAGCGCGGUUUUCGAUAAAUAUAAUAUACCGUUGAAGAAACGAAAACCAAACAAACGUAAGACGAAAGCUGGAAACUUGUUUGGCGCGUCGUUAUCGACUUUGUUGCUUCGAGACAGUCAGCUGACGUCCGAGGAAAGCAGUAUCCCGCUAGUGUUUCAAAAGAUCCUAAACGAAUUAACGAAACGCGGCGUAAAGGAGGAGGGGAUUCUUCGCGUCGGAGGACACAAGCAAAAAGUCGAAUCGAUAUGCGCGCAGUUGGAAACGGAUUUCUACUCUAAACCCAAAGAAACGGACAAGUUGUUCAAACGUAUAUCGUGUCACGACCUGUCGGCUGUUUUGAAAAAGUUGCUGCGCGAUCUGCCGCAACCGUUGCUCACCGUUGAACUUAUCGACGCCUUCUACCAAAGCCACGGAAUGAAGGAUCGUCGAGAGUUGUCGUAUUCGUUGAACUUGCUGGUGCUAUUACUACCGACGGAACAUCGUUGUACCUUAAAAGCGUUAGUGAAUUUUUUAAGAUUGGUCGUAGAGAAUCAGAGAUCGAAUAAAAUGUCGAUCCAUAACGUUGCCAUGAUCGUUGCGCCGUCUUUGUUUCCGCCGCGAUACAUCCAUCCCCGUGAUCGUACCGACUUGAGCGCUCAGGUUAACAUGGCUGCCAUAUGCUGUCAAGUGACGGAAGCUCUUCUCGUUAACGCGGAUAAAUUAUGGUAUGUACCGAGCGAUCUUUUGAGCCAGUUACACAGACAUUCCGAGGAAGAAAGAUAUCGAAAGUACAAAAAGAAGUAUUACUAACGUUAACCGCGCGUUUACGACGCGAAGAACCCGUAUAUCUUCGAGUCGGUCGCGUACCGUAGGUUUAUCGACCGAUGGCAUUACUCGAGGCGCAGUACGUUCGCCGAGAUAACGCGCGCUCGCGUCUCUUUGUACGCGAUACUUUCGAAAGAAAUUAAGCUUACAACGUUUACGAGCGGCGAUAUCGUUUCGAGUUCGAUACGCGGUCGCGGUAACGUCGCGCAAUAACGUUCCUGGCUGGCGUUACACCGACUUAAAUCAGUUUAAACGAACACCAAAUCAUAAAGAUAAUUUUCAUCCGUAAAUUUUCACACAGCGCUUCGAACAGUUGAAAUUUCUUUACUCGAUUUAUAUCGAUUCGUCGCUAACGAUCAUUCACGCGCGCGCGUGUCCGUAUAGAGCUUCCGUUAUUACAGUAGCGUUUUUAAACCUUUUUUUCUUAUUCGUAAGCGUCGACGAUUAACGCUAGUCGUGCUCGCGUCGACAAGUUGGUUCAAAGCGAAGCGUAAGGAACGAGUCGCGUUUCUUUCGCGACGCCUCGUUUUCAUCGAUGCUUUCUCAUCGUUUUCUACGUGCUAUAGAGCCGUAAAGAGUACUCUCGUCGAGAUAGCCGAGAAUCUCGUUCGGGGAUCCGGUCGUCGGACAAACACGCUCUUACAAGCGUCGUAUCGCUCACAAAUUCUACCCUUCGUUACCGACGUUUAUCGACAAUAACCGAAAGACGAUCGGCGCGUUCGGAUCGAAAUUUUCGACUAGCUCGCGUGCCACGAGUUGCUACGGCUCUAUUUUAUACCGAUGCGCCAUAUUACUUUAAGUAAUUGUACAUAUCACUUGCGUCAAUAAAGUGCCAAAGAAAAUAAA